AUGGUAAGUAUUUCUGUUUUUGCAUUGUUUUUUUGAUGUUUAGAUGAAGUAUUUUAAAGUUGGUUAGCUUUUGGUUGAUAUAGUUCUUGUGGUGGAUGUAUUUUUGACUUUAAAAUACAUUUUUAAAGUUUUUUUAGGAAGGAUUUUUAAACGAGGUUUUAAUAGUUUUGAGAGGCUAAAUGUGGCAGUACUAUGUUAUAAUCGCAUAGUAAACUGUUAGGGAUUAAAAAAAUACUUAAUUUGUGGAGGUAUAUUGUUUUAAAGGCAUUUACUUUUAAAGUUUUUUUGUUAAUAAAAUCAUUUUUGAAAAUAUUAUUGUUUAAAAUAACUUUAUCUUUACAGCAUUUGCUGUAUUGAUAAAUAAAUAAAUUGAAAUUAUAGUUUUGUUACUUAUUGUUGUAUUUACAGGCCAAGCGUACCAAAAAGGUUGGAAUCGUCGGUAAAUACGGUACCAGAUAUGGUGCCUCGUUGAGAAAGACCGUCAAGAAGAUGGAAGUCUCACAGCACUCCAGAUACACCUGCUCCUUCUGUGGAAAGGAAGCCAUGAAGAGAACUUGUGUUGGAAUCUGGAAAUGCAGCAAGUGCAACAAGGUCGUCGCCGGAGGAGCUUAUGUGUACGCCACGACUGCCGCUGCCACUACCCGUUCAACCAUCCGUCGUCUUCGUGAAACCAAGGAGAUCUAA